CCAGGGCGGCGGCUCAGGACAGAGUGCCGGUGUCUUUCCGGCUGCACUGUGACCUCAGGCUGCGGGCUGCGUCGCGGGGCAUGGCGGCAUGGGGCCCGGCGUCCACUGUGCCUCUGCUCCGCGGGAGCCACGGGCUUCCUCUGCUACACUGUGUACAUCGGAUGUUUGCCUCCCAGACUGAGGGGGAGCUCAAAGUGACCCAGGUUCUCAAAGAGAAGUUUCCGAGAGCCACAGCUAUCAAAGUCACGGACAUCUCAGGAGGCUGUGGGGCGAUGUACGAGAUUAAAAUUGAAUCAGAAGAAUUUAAAGAGAAGAGGACUGUCCAGCAGCACCAGAUGGUCAAUCAGGCACUGAAAGAGGAGAUCAAGGGUAUGCACGGCCUUCGGAUAUUUACCUCUGUCCCCAAGUCCUGACGGCACCCCGGCUAUGUGACUGCUGAUGCUUGAAACCUUGAGUGUACUUCGCCACAGCAAUCUUCCAGAAAAAUCCCUGCCAAAAAAUAUAUCUAUUUUGUUCAUAGACAUUUAUGUAUUAUAAUAUAGGAGCUAUGUUAUCUACUUAGAGUUAAUUAAAGACCACAGAUACCCACCAUUCA